AUGUCCGUACUUAAUGCGCUGGAGCCCGCGACGCAUCGCAGAUUUCGCGGGGCGAUGGAGCGCGCGUUUACGGAGCGGGCGCUGGGGAGUCAGCAGGGUUUGAUGGGCGGGUAUGUUGAUUCUCUGAUGAGCCGCUUGGGAGAUCUCGUAGAGCGGAAUGCGGAUGCGGGCGAGAGUGUGGUUGUGGAUAUUGUUCGCUGGUAUGGGUUCUUUACUUUUGAUCUCAUUGGCGAUCUGGGCUUCGGAGAAUCAUUUCGAUGUUUGGAGAGCGAGGAAUAUCAUCCCUGGGUUGCGAUGAUCUUUAGCUCUCUGCGCGCAGCGACGUAUCGAGCGGCGCUGGGGUACUAUCCGGGAUUGAGUUGGCUGCUUGCGUAUUUUGUGCCGAAGAGUGUGGAGUUGCAAGCGACAGCGAGCGCUAUCAUUGUUGCAGGAAGCGAAACGACAAUUAGUGUUCUCAGCGGCAUUACGAAUUAUCUCGUGAACAACCCUGAGAAACUCGCCAUUCUCACCUCGGAAAUCCGCGAGAAAUUCGAGGACGAAGAGAACAUAUCAAUUGCUACGCUGAGGGAAACCUCCUAUCUAAACGCAGUCAUUCAAGAAGGCUUCCGACUCUGCAAUCCCACGCCCGUCGGUCUCCCGCGCGUCGUACCUCCAGACGGCGACCGCGUAUGCGGAUACAAUCUCCCCCCAAAUAUAUUCGUCAACGUGCAUCCCCUAUCCAUCUCCCUAUCGGCUGAAUAUUUCCACAAACCAUCUGAAUUUCACCCCGAGAGAUGGCUCGCAGCAAACGAUUCUUCGUCUCCUUUUCACAACGACAAUCGCAAUGCAGUUCAAGUUUUUGGCAUAGGUCCUCGCUCUUGUAUUGGGAGACCUCUGGCGAUAGCCGAAUUGAAACUUGUGCUUGCGAGAAUAGUGUGGAGGUUUGAUUUGGAGAAAGUGGAUAGUGAGGCUGGGAAUUUGAAAUGGGCAGAGCAAAGGGUUUUUACAGUUGUAGAGCGGAAACCUUUUGAAGUAAGGUUAAGAACACGCUCGGCACUACUAUAG